CGCUAAAGAAAAACAAACUAUGGCUACGACACUUCCUGUUUGACACAGGUGAAGAAAACGUAUGGAAAGAGAAACUGUCGUUAACUGUCAGCUCCGAUGGGAUGGCUUGAACUAAUUCCAGUGUCAUAUUAAGACGUCGAAUAGAGUGGGAGCAGCCAUGGCCUGUGCUCGCGUGCCCCUGGAUGAGCAGCAGGUGACCGAGCCUGGCCCGUAUGGAAAAGAGCACACACUUCCUGCACUGCACCCAGACAGGAUAGAGGAGCGCUGCUUUGUGCCUUACAAGCCUCCUCCAGAGGACGGUUCUCCUGCUGCAGUGGAGGAAUUUUUGGAAUAUGCCAAAUUCAUCACAGAGGAUCUAGAGUGGCUCCUCGCGCUGCCCCACGACAGAUUCUGGUGUCAGGUGGUGUUUGACGAGUCCCUGCAGAAGUGCUUAGACUCAUACCUGCACCAGGCUCCACGGAGCCUCGACCUCGCCGCUCUUCCACCCUCCCCAGCAGUUGCUGACAUGCAGCGUGCCGUCCACAAGGCGGUCUUCUUGACCUUCCUCAGGAUGGCCACACAUAAAGAAUCUAAGGAUAACUUCUUCACUCCUGCUGUGUUUGGAGAAAUUAUCUACGACAACUUCCUGUUCGACAUUCCUAAAAUUUUGGAUCUGUGUGUGCUCUUUGGAAGAGGCAACGGCCAACUGCUGCAUAAAAUGAUUGAGAACAUAUUUAGCCAGCAGCCAUCCUACUACAACGACCUGGAUGAGACAGUACCCACUGUGUUACAGGUCUUUGACACAAUCCUGGAGAAGUUUGGUCUUCAGUGUGAAGAAGCCACCGCCAUGGAGCCAAUGAAGCUGAACGCUCACAGACAGCCCACUGCCAUGAGCAUGAGCCAGCAGGAACUAGCAGAUUUAAUUUUGUAUCUGUGUGACUCAAUCACCACCAUCCAUGCCUUCCUGGACAUCUUCCCUGCAGCUUGCUCCAGCUUCCAUUCCCACGGCUUCCUCAGCAGGCUGACCUCGUUUUAUGAGACCGCCGUGCCUGACCUGGAGAAGGCAGUAAGGAAGAGGAACUUUGAUGAUAAAAACCUGCAGGAGGACUUGUGGAAGAGGCUGAGCCACUCCUGUCGUAAGAUGGUGGAGACGGCUCACCUGCUGCUGCAGCACACCUGUCUGCAGCCAAUCCUGGAGGGGAAAGAAAACAUGCAGACAUUUGCAGAGGAGCUGCUGCAGUAUUUCACAACAUUUUUACCAGAGAAAAGGUUCUUAGCAGACUAUGAUGAGCAGUUUCCCAUCGCAGACGACAUCAGCCUCCUACAACAAGCCCUGCCCAUCAUUGAUGAGACAAGGACGUCAUACUUGCUCCAGGGGGUGGAAAGUGCCUGGGACAGCUUGGGCCGGCGGAAACCACAGAGCCAGAUUCACAAUGAUGCCUCCUCGUCUUUUUUAGCCACUCAGGGAGCAAUGAGUGCCGCCGCCGCAGCUGAGUUUAAACCUGAGUUAGUCAGAGAACCAGGAGGAGGAAGAGAGAACCAGAGGGGUGAAGAGGCCAUGUUAGAUCAUUCCAGAAAACGAAACAAUGUGUGUCCGGUGAGUGGGGCGGAGCUGGAAUCUCUCCUGUCCUGUAUCAGGGACCUGCUGCCGGAUUUAGGCGAAGGCUUUCUGCUGGCAUGCCUAGAGGAGUACGACUACAACUCUGAGCUGGUCAUCAACAACAUCCUGGAGGACCGGUUAGCCCCCAGCCUGGAGAAACUGGACCGAGCCAUGCCAAGGCCGGUGAAGGAGGAGCUUCCAGCUGUCCUGAACAACAGAUCCAACGUGUUUGAUGAUGACGAGUUUGACAUCUUCCGCAGGGACCAAGUGGACAUGUCCCGCAUCUGGAAGGGCAGGAGCAGGAAAGGCGAGAGCGUUCGAGAGAUGCUGAACGACAAGCAGCACAUCGCGGAGCAGAAAGCUCGGUAUCACGCUUACGAGACAGUGGUGGAUGAGGUUGUGAUUGAACCUGGAGAAUCUGCUGCAGCGUAUGGCCUGGAUGAUUACGAUGACGAGUAUGACGACACCUACGACAUGAACCAAGUGGGAGCCAACGACCUGGACGGAGACACUUUGCUCAACAGAAGGCCUUUUACAGUCCCACAGGUACUCAGAAAAGGAACCAAAGCACAGGAUGAGGAAGAAGAGGGUGAGGAAGAAGAAGAGGCUCUACAGAACAACGUAAACAGGGACCAGUUCGUUCAGGAUCCGGCUCUGCUGAGGGAGAGGGCUGAGGCCAAGAGAGCUGCCAUGCAGCAGAGGAAAGGCUUCCGACCGGAGCGUUCCAGUAAUGUGGUAGGCCGACCAAAAGGCCAAGGACAAACCCUGGAGACAUUUCUGGACCGACGCAAAAAGGAGAGCAACAAGAGCCAUGUAGCCAACCACAACCGGCGUACCAUGGCCGACCGCAAGAGGAACAAAGGCAUGAUCCCCUCCUGACCUGAGCGACAGGCCUUUGGUUGAACCAAACAUCCUGAUUAGUAAAAGGGGGUCAGCAGAGAGGUGAAUGGUGUGUGAGGGCUCUGGUGUGAUGGUGGCGACUCUUGAACUCACGUAAGCUCUGACGUAGUCGUGGAAGGUUUUCAGUUGUUGCUUUAGUGUUUUAUUUUUUCCCUCAAACUGUUUUUUGCUAUUUUGGCUUUGUGUGAUCAGAAAUUGCCAAGUUUUCAGGGCUUGGGGCCUAAAUGGUUUUUCUUUAACAGCAAAACACCAAAGUUGUGACUGUGAGCCAACGAACGACGACAAAGAAUGAGACCUUUUCGUUUGCCAAGUAACAAAUCUUGUUUAUUUAGAUCCAGAGUUAUUGAAUUAAGCUUCAUUUGACAUCAAUGAAUAAAACUACAUAGGAAUAAAAGGAAGUGACAUCCAGGGUAUUGAAGAGACUGCAGGUCCCUCUUCUGCUGGAAGAACAAUCAGUGACUAGAUGAUUGGUUCUGGACAUCAGCAGCAGACAGCUCUGCUCCUAUGGUCAGAAAGCUGCUGGCAUGUAACGUUUAAGUGCAUGCGCCACUGUCCAGCUUUCACAGAAACAAAUGGAUUCUGCUCUUUGACAUCGCAGUUCUGAUGCUGUUUGUGUUUGGAAGCACAUGCUGUAACGAGGGCGACACGUCGCCAUGCUCAGACUAUUUUCUAUGAAGAGAACAGAUGGAUCGGAGCGUUUACUAACAAAAAAGAUAAUAAAAGCAUAUGUAAUUAC